GCCACCUCAUUGCCGUCUCUCGUUUUCUUAGCACUUCUAAGUGAAGUGGAAAGUUGUGGGACUAUAUUUUAGGAUAUUGCAGUUCAUAGACAACUAAACAUGGGAUAUUUGAACCGCUGUCAGUCCACCGCUGCAUAAAAAAAGAAAAGGAAGAAAACGCGAACUCUUUGGGGGAAAAGAACUAAAAAACAAACUGGGGUUGUUUAUGCUGUCGUCGUGGAUAAAAAAAAAUAUCCCAAGAAGAUUUGUUUGUAAACCACAUGCUACUAUCAGCAGGACAUCGCGGCGACUGUACAAGAGGAGACAUGGUUGUGACGCACGGGAUACACCAGGUUUGUUUUAAAUGGAAAUCUGCUCAGAGAGGAUAAAUUGCGUUCAAAGUUGCGCUGCUUGCUGCUGAGGGAGUUACCCACUCGGUUUCCUCGAAUAAACUCGACUUCUCCAACAGACAUGGGGCCGCGCCAGUGCGUGGGACUCACCGCGCUUCUCCUGUGCACAGUGGUGGACAGCAAAGUAAUCCUGGAUGGCCUGCAGAGGUACGGCCCCACGCCAAUCUAUCUGCCUGUCAGCUACCGGAUCUUCAAUGCAGAGUCAGCGUUCUUUUUACUGGAGGCAAACCAGGACCUAAUGAGAAACUCUAGCCUUCAAGCUCGCACAGAGUCUUUCUUCAUCCACCAGGCCCGGCAGACGCCUUAUGUCAAUGCUAGCUAUGGACCUCUGUCUGUCCAGCAGUCUGUCCCUCUGGAGAUGCUGCAGACAAUGCCAGGGCCUUUUAACACAGCUUCCUUUACUUCAUCAUCAGUGCCAACAUCAGCAACAACAACACCUCUCUUUACAUUCAACUGGAAGGUCCACACCUAUAUCAUCAGUGAACGGAUUCACCCCAGCUGGCCAAAAGUUCAAGUGUUGUUCUACAUUGCAGGCAGGGACUGGGAUGAUUACAGUGCCAUCCAUAAGCUACCCUGCAUCAGGAUGUUUGCCUUUCAUGAGACCCAAGAGGUGCGUGGAACAUGCAGGCUAAAAGGUGAGCUGGGAAUAUGCGUUGCUGAGCUGGAGCCCCUGCCCAGUUGGUUCAGCCCACCCACCGUGAGGCCUGGCAGGCAGAGGGUAUCAGAACAGGCUCAGGGCACUCCUGUGGAGCUGUACUACAUGGUUCAAACCACAGACAGUGGAGACUGUAAUGCAGAGGAUUCAAGGAAAGGCAGCUCAGUUCGCUCUGAUCCACAACGGCCACUGGGCUACUUUGCAGGACACACACCUAUGCAGCGUAUUGGGAGUGUCAGGCUAUUUCAGCCGCUUUCGGAGCUGAAGCUGGACAAUAACUUUGUGGUGAUGGCAUCCUCUAAACCCAUCAGACAGAGAGAAACAGUGUCAACUUUUCUGGCUCUGUCCACACUUUCAUCAGUGCAAAUUUUCACCCUCAGGGUCAAGCUGAAGGAUGGUGUGGUGUUCCUGGGAGCUAGAGCCAGUAACCCUGUUAUGUGGACGGUGAGUCAGGAUGUCAGAAGUGAGGGUCACAGGGUGGUCACCUUGCACUGUCACAGGAAGGAGAACAGUUUCAGUCAAAGAGUUGAGGCGGUGGGCUAUCAGCGAGUGCUGCAGGUAGACUUGGAAGUGAACGGGCUGAUGAUGACUCAGGGGAACAGGGAGGUGACAUGGCAGGUGGAGUAUCCACUCACCCGUACCCUAACCAGUGAGGUGCAGACUCUUAUCAGACUGGCACCACAGGAUCUAGGUGGAAUCGUCCCACUGGCUAUGGAGACAGAAAUCCUCAACACAGCUGUCCUCACUGGGCGUACAGUAGCUGUACCAGUGAAGGUGGUCACUGUCGGGACUGAUGGAGCAAUAUCAGAUGUCACAGAAUCAGUGGAGUGCAAGUCAACAGAUGAUCAGGUUAUCAAGGUUUCAGAGCGAUGUGACUAUGUGUAUGUCAAUGGAAAGGAGACAAGAGGAAAGAGCAGGGUGAUGCUCAACUUCACCUACAGUUUUCUGAGUGCUCAGCUUGAAAUGAGCGUAUGGAUGCCCCGCCUACCCUUGCUCAUUGAUGUGGCUGACCCUGAGCUUAGUCAGAUUAAGGGCUGGAGGGUCCCUGCUAGUGCAGGCAACAGGAGGUAUGAGAGGGUCACUGACAACAGGGAUGGUGUGGAUGCAGCAGAGGAAAGGACAGAGAAUGCCUGUGUAGCCCAGUACCAGAGCACCACUCUACGUGUCCUCACACACUUUGUGGCAGAUGGAGGAGAUAUUGGAGGCUCCACAGAGGAGGAUGGGCUGGGUCAGAUCAACUUCCUGUUGGGGAGUGACUGGCAGGUAGACGUGACAGAACUGGUCAAGGAAACUCUGAAGGUGGUGGACUCGAAGGUCGCUGAACUGAUGGAGGGUCAAGUGUUAAUCGGACUGAGUGCUGGAACCACCAAACUGCAGGUGCUGUGUCCUCUGACAUCAUCAGUUUUGGCUGAGAGGAGCAUCAGGGUGCUGGAUGAUAAAGUGAGUGUAACAGAGCUGGGGGUGCAGUUGGUAUCUGGACUCUCUCUGUCACUGCAACUGAGCCCAGGGAGCAACAGAGCCAUUGUCGCCACUGCAACGACAAAGGAAGUAAUUGAAUCACUAAAACAAGAGUCUCUCAUCAGUGCUUGGCUUCAGUUCAGUGAUGGAUCCAUGACUCCUCUAGACAACUACAACCCUGCCCAUUUUACCCUGGCAGCAACCUCUUUGGAUGAACAGGUGGUCAGAGUGCAGCACAGUACAGCAUGGAAGUGGCCCAUCAUUGUCGCCAAGGGUGAAGGUCAGGGUUUGCUUGUGCGUGUUGAAAUGACGCCAUCAGAAGUGUGCCAGAAGGGCAAACGACGUACCACUUUAGCCACUGGAAUGGUAAACAUACAGGUAAGGUUUGGUCAGUCAGAGGAUCAAUACAGACAGCCAGGAGACAGAAGAACACGCCCAGAUUCUCCAUAUUAUGGUGGAUCUAUAUCUGAUAUGGAAACUGGAUUAAUUAACCGAGGAGCUACAACUAUUAGGGGCCAUGUUCCAAUGAGGCCUAACGGGGGCCGUUUAUCAGCGGACAGUGGGGCAAAGGCCCCGAAUGAAUUUGCUGAAUAUCCAAACCAGGCCGAGCUGCCACGUAGCCGCAGCACUGAUGAUGACUUGUUGCCAUCUCGACGAGGCCUGACAGACUUGGAGAUCGGUAUGUAUGCCCUGUUGGGGGUCUUCUGCUUGGCCAUCCUAGUUUUUCUUAUUAACUGCAUAUCUUAUGCAUAUAAGUACCGCAACAAGCAGCUGCCUCUGGAGGCUCCAGAGGCUAUGCCCCAUGCCCAUGACUGGGUUUGGCUUGGCCAAGAGGAGGGACUUUGUCUGCAGCAACAGCAGCAUGAACAACUAGGUGGUGCCUUAGAGGAAGGUAGUCAGCUACUGAAUGGAGGCAUCCAGCGUGGUAACGCUGGUGGAGGAGGCUGUAGCUCAAGUGGAAGAGAUCACAGGAAUGAGUCCCUUAAUUCACCCACCACCAAGAGAAAGAGGGUGAAGUUUACCACUUUCUCCAAUGUAAAGUCCAGUAAUGGGUGUCCUGUGCUCAGCCCAUUAGCACUAGUGCAGACCAGUGAGAUAAAAUGGGUAUGUCCAGACAUCGAGCUUGGGGACUCAAAGGAUCUUAGGAACUACAUGGAAAAGCUUAAUGAGAAUGCAAUUAAGAACACUGCAUAAUGGGUACUGGGGGUUUUCAAUGAACUUAAAGAGAAACUCACCUGAAUGCCUUCAGAUUAAGGAGAGAGGAAAGGACAGAGGACAGGACUAAGGGGUGAGGAACAAAACUGACAACUGCUUUUUAAGUGAAAACCUCACCAUAAAAAGAAAAGUGGACCUAGCCAUUGUUGUUUCCAUGACUCAGAAAGGCUCAAGCAAGAAAUGACAUAACGUGAUCUGCCAAGACACAAGAGCAUAGUUGUGAAGAGGAAAUUGGUAAGAAGGCAUUGUUGCUUAACUUAUAUAAGUGUUGUUUGUCUUCAUUUGAGGUUCAGUUUAUUUUUGAUGCAACAUCUAGACUGCUUUAUGUCUUUUUUUACCACUAUGUUUUAAAGUUGUAUUUGUUGUACUUUUUGUACUUUGAGUUAUUUUAAAUGUAUUUCAUUUUCUAGAGUUGCUGUAUGCCCUUCACCACAUGCCAGCAGUUUUAGAUCCUAGGAGAGAUGAGUUUAAAGAAAUUUUGUACUGUAUAUAAACAAAGAUUGAUUUGGAGAUACUUUAUGUAUAGUAACAUUUUGUAAAGUGCUGUUUGGUUUGGUUUUGGUUUUGUUCUUGUUUUGUUCUAGGUUUGUCUCCAGAAAUCAGAUUCAUGCAUGACGUUAUUUAAGAGGAAGCACGUGUGUCUGAUUUGGUACAAAACUGAAAUGUGUAGAUAACUAAAGCCCGUACCUCUGGAGACAUGUCAGUCUAGUGUUAUUGCAUUCAUUCACUGUAGGAGCAUUUGGCGUUGGAUUUAGUCUGUUGAUAUUGGUUUAAAAAGUUUUGUUAGACCCCUUCUUUUCCCCUUCUUAUGUUAUAAUUUGAUUGGUGUUUGAUCACACCCCUUUGCAUCAUAACAUAAAGUGGACUUUCUACACUACUGAAAUCAAAUGGCCUCAUAUCAGAGCAAGUUACACUCAUCUGAAAAACAGUGAGCAGAAGCAACAACAUCAACAGACAAUCACAUAAGUAAUGUAAGAUGCAGAGUUUUAAUAUCCUAAAUGCUCUGUUUACAGGUUGUUUCACCUGAAUUAGGAAGAGAUCACUUCAUUUUACACAGUACUCUGUAUGCCAUGUUGGAUACCAGAAAAGAAUUCUUGACAGUAAAAAAAUGAUGAAAAACUGUGAAAUGAAAGUCCAUAUCUGACCUGUAAACCCUCUUUGUCAUAUGGCAGUAUUAGUCAGGUCCAUCCUUUUCUACUGUAUCUCUGUUUUAAAAUUGGCUGCUGGACUAAUUAAAACUGA